CACAUUCACACACACGUUGGGCGACACACAAACUCCGUCAGUUGGAGAAGAGUCCACGCAGCAGCAGAUCUUUCAACCGGAAGUGGAAGUGCCGUUCUGUCUUACGGUCGUCCGUAGCGGUUCUACUUGUAUGGACUCACCACUCCAAGCAACGUUUAUUUGGAUGACCCCGCCUCCAGCAGCAGGAGAGACAGCGGCGUGAGGACAGCUCGCCGUCGCCCCCGAACCACCGCCAUGCCGCCGCCCGCCGACAUCGUCAAGGUGGCCAUCGAGUGGCCGGGCGCCUUCCCCAAACUGAUGGAGAUUGACCAGAAAAAACCUCUUUCCGCCAUCAUCAAAGAAGUGUGUGAGGGGUGGUCUUUAGGGAACCACGAGAACUUUGCCCUGCAGAUUGCAGACAACACCAACUUCUACAUCACGGAAAAGAACCGCGGCGAGGUGAAGAACGGCUCCAUCCUGCGCCUGACCACCUCUCCCUACCUGACGGCGGUGCAGCUCCACGAGCGCGUCCAGUCCUCCAGCAUGGACGCCAAGCUGGAGGCCCUGAAGGACCUGGCCAGCGCCUCGCGGGACAUCACCUUCGCCAUCGAGUUCAUCAACCUGGACGGCGUCUCCCUGCUCACGCAGAUGGUGGAGAGCGGCACCGAGCGCUAUCAGAAACUCCAGAAGAUAAUGAAACCCUGUUUUGGCGACCUGCUCUCCUUCACGCUGACGGCCUUCGUGGAGCUGAUGGACCACGGCAUCGUCUCCUGGGACACUUUCUCCGUGACUUUCAUCAAGAAGAUCGCCAGCUUCGUGAACAAGUCCGCCUUGGACACGGCCGUGCUGCAGCGCUCGCUGGCCAUCCUGGAGUCCAUGGUGCUGAACAGCCAAGACCUGUACCACAAGGUGGCGCAGGAGAUCACCAUAGGGCAGCUCAUACCGCAUCUUCAGGGGACGGACCAGGACAUCCAGACCUACACCGUGGCCGUCAUCAACGCCCUCUUCCUCAAAGCCCCCGAGGAGAGGAGACAAGAGAUGGCGCACAUCUUGGCCCAGAAGCAACUGCGCUCCAUCAUUCUCAGCAACGUGAUCCGGAGCUACACGGCCAUCAACGAGGAGAUGGCCCACCAGCUGUACGUGCUGCAGGUGCUGACCUUCAACCUGCUGGAGGACCGCAUGAUGACCAAGAUGGACCCCCAGGACCAGGCCCAGAGGGACAUCAUCUUCGAGCUGAGGAGGAUCGCCUUCGACGUGGAGUGCGAGCCCAACCACGGCGGCAGCAUGGAGAAACGCAAGUCCAUGUACACGCGGGACUACAAGAAGCUGGGCUUCAUCAACCACGUCAACCCAGCAGUGGACUUCACCCAGAUUCCUCCAGGAAUGUUGGCCCUGGACAACAUGCUGUACUUCGCCAGACACCACCAGGACGCCUACGUCAGGAUCGUUCUGGAAAACAGCAGCCGAGAAGACAAGCACGAGUGUCCGUUUGGCCGCAGCAGCAUCGAACUCACCAAGAUGCUCUGCGAGAUCCUGAAAGUGGGCGAGCUUCCUGGAGAAAACUGCCAGGACUUCCAUCCCAUGUUUUUCACACACGACCGCUCCUUUGAGGAAUUCUUCUGUAUUUGUAUUCAACUGCUCAACAAAACCUGGAAGGAGAUGAGGGCGACCAGUGAAGACUUCAACAAGGUCAUGCAGGUGGUGCGGGAGCAGGUCAUGCGAGCGCUCACCCUGAAGCCUAAUUCCCUGGACCAGUUCAAGAGUCGCCUGCAGAACCUGAGCUACACUGAGAUCCUCAAGAUACGGCAGUCUGAGAGGAUGAAUCAGGAGGACUUCCAGUCCCGCCCCAUCCUGGAGCUGAAGGAAAAGAUCCAGCCAGAGAUCAUGGAGUUGAUCAAACAACAACGACUCAACAGACUAUGUGAAGGAACAUGUUUCCGGAAGAUCAACAAUCGCAGGAGGCAAGACAAGUUCUGGUACUGCCGCCUGUCUCCCAACCACAAAGUCCUGCACUACGGAGACCUGGAGGAGAGCCCCCAGGGGGAGGUGCCCCACGACUCCCUGCAGGACAAAUUGCCGGUGGCGGACAUCAAGGCUGUGGUCACAGGCAAAGACUGUCCUCACAUGAAGGAGAAGGGCGCUCUCAAGCAGAACAAGGAGGUGUUGGAGCUGGCCUUCUCAGUCCUCUACGAGUCGGACGAAUAUUUAAACUUUAUCGCCCCGGACAAACAUGAGUACUGCGUGUGGACGGACGGUCUGAACGCCCUGCUGGGCAAGGAGAUGAGCAGCGAGUACACCAAAUCCGACAUGGACACUCUGCUCUCCAUGGAGAUGAAACUCCGCCUCUUGGACCUCGAAAACAUCCAGAUUCCAGAGGCUCCGCCUCCCAUUCCCAAAGAGCCUAGCAACUAUGACUUUGUUUACGACUGUAACUAGCCCUCUCCCCCGUACAAGAUGGUUUGAUGAACUGUGAUGCCACCAAACAAUACACCCACCGGCUACCAUGAAGAUGAUUCCCUUCUUCCUCUUUCUGCCUUUUUUUCUUAUAAUUUGUCCUCAGGGCUUUCAGUGCAGGUAGUGAUGGGGCAGCCAUCUUUGUUUAGUCCACACGCUUAUUGCUAUUUCCUGUCAUGUCACACACACACAGACAGCAUUUGUGGCAGCUAAAUGUUACUCCUCACACAGCCGAAGUAUAAACUCACUUUUUUUUCCUGUCAGCUGACGACUGUUACGACCUUUUGUUGUCCCGCCUACCUUCCUUCCUUCGUUUCAACGACUGCUGUACUCAACAUUCCUAAGCAAUAUUUUCUUUAUCGCGUCGUGAUUGCUUUCAACUGUGACUCCAUUGCAAAGGGAAGCUUUAUAAUUUGAGAGUUAAUGUAUUUUUUAAUUUAAAGACAUUAUUUCUAGUACGUUUUUUAAUAUGUACACAGUAUUACCCCCUCAGUCACAUGCCUGCCCUUUACAUUCCUAUUUAAAAAAAUUUCCCCACAACUGCUGUUUACAUUAAAGGUUGAAAGACCAAA